CGAGGGGAGGAACACUGGGGGUCACCGCAGGCAUGGCCACGCUACGCGGGCUGCGAGAGACGCCGCGGCAUUUAUUAGUCUGUGAGAAAUCCAACUUCGGCCACGACAAGUCACGCCACCGGCAUCUCGUGGAGACGCACUAUCACAACUACAAGGUUUCUUUCCUAAUUCCUGAAUGUGGGAUACUAUCGAAAGAACUGAAAAACCUGGUCAUGGAAAUGGGACCCUAUUACUUUGUGAAGAACUUACCUCUUCAUGAAUUAAUUACGCAUGAAUUCAUCAACACUUUUGUGAAGAAAGGUUCAUGUUAUGCACUGACGUAUAAUACAAAUAUUGAUGAAGAUAAUACUGUUGCACUGCUACCAAAUGGGAAAUUAAUUUUAUCACUGGAUAAAGACACUUAUGAAGAAACUGGACUUCAAGGUCAUCCAUCUCAGUAUUCUGGCAGGAAAAUUAUGAAAUUUAUUGUUUCCAUUGAUUUGAUGGAUUUAUCCUUUAACCUGGAUUCUAAGAAGUACAAAAGAAUAUCUUGGUCCUUGAAAGAAAAGAAGCCAUUGAAAUUUGACUUUCUUUGGGCUUGGCAUCAGACAGGUACAGAAGAAUCAGCAGUGAUGUCAUACUUUUCAAAAUACCAGAUUCAAGAGCAGCAGCCCAGAGUAUCAGUGAGCACACUGAGAGAUCUGCAGUGCCCAGUGCUGUGGAGCGGUGAGCUCCGCGGAGAGCCAGAGGAGUCCUGCAGUGCCCCAGAGCUCUUCGACUGGCUUGGCGCCCUCUUCUGUGGAGUAGACCUAAAUAAUGAACCUAAUAAUUUUAUAUCAACCUGUUGCUGUCCCCAGCCAAGCACAGUGGUGGCAAAAGCGAAUUUGUGCACAAUCACUGGUUUCAUAGUUCCAGAGAAGAUCUGUGUUCUGCUGGAACAGUUGUGGCUAGAGUGCGGUAACGAAGUCAGAAAUGGUGUAAUUAUCCUUGCUGGUAAGAACGUGCUGUUGCCAAGUACUUGUCCUUAUGAAAAGAUAAAGCAGAGCUUCGUUACUGCUUCUUGAACACAAACUGCUGGUUUUCAUGGUUCUGCUCCCCUGGGCCAUUUGGGGAGCACAGUUGUAAUAUCACCUAAAACCACAGUAAUAUUCUGUAGGACAAAUUAGGAUCUCUUACAAGUAUUGUAAAAUCUUUAAUUCUGAAAUGGAGUGGAAAAGAGUUCAUCAUCUCUGAAUCCAAAUCGUAUGUAAUACAUGUUUCUCCAAUGAAAUUCUGUGAAUCACAGGGCAUUACUAAAACAGCAAGUAUUGUAUAGAAUAUUAUAGGCUCUUCAUUUGGGGAGGUACUGUAUAAGUCAAAUGUGUACAUCAUGCCUAAUGUGUGAACAUGCAAGUCCCCCAUGGAAAAGACUAAAUUGUCCAUAAUCCUAUUUAAUAAGCAUGUUGUCUCAGUCUUUUUUUUGAAGUGUCUAUGAUUUAAGUCUGCAGGGUUUUCUUUUUAAAAUCUAGCUUCCUUGUUCAUAUUUAUAAAUUUUACCCUUUGAUUUUCUUAAUUAAAAAGACCAGCUUUAAAAAAUUCUAAUGGAACUGUUCUGCAUUGUUUCACUGAACAGACUGGGAAUAGCACUGAAAAUGGGAGGAAAACUGUUAUUAAACACCUUGUGGAAUAUUUUUGGUUUUGGUUCUGGUUCUUUUCAUCUUGAAUGACCUUCUAGAAUAAGAAUGGACACCACUUAGGUUGUUUCUGGGCCGUAUGUUAGUCAGUCUUUAUGGAAUUUAUGAUAGAACAUCAGGAAUUUGCAUCUCCUAAUUUUUAAAAAUUAGAGCAAAAGUUUAAGCCUCAUGACUACAUGAGAGGGCUGGGUAUUUAGCCCUGGUUCCGCUGCCUGCCUUGCAAGCACAAGGACCGGAGUUU